AUGCGGUUCCUUUUGGCGGCUUUGCCGUCUGUCCUCUGGCUUCUUGCGGACAUUUGUGAAGCCAAACCGCUGAAGGACUUCGAGUUUGGCACCAGAGAUGCUCAAGAUGCCGACAUCGACACUCUGAACGAGACGCUCUGGCGACGCGUUCGCGUGCCAGGAGGCACUGGCAGCAAUGCCCCUCCCCGGGUUGACCAGAUCUUCUUGUUCGGGCCCAGUAACAUGGCCGGAAGCUGCUCAGGCAGAAAAGACGGUCUUCAAGACUGGCUGGACGACACCAGGCGGGUUCACGACGCGGUUGAGCGACUCUACGCAAUGGUUACAAAGCCGAGCGUGUCCAAGCUAUGGGAGACAUUCUUUGGCAUCUUCAUGCAUAUCAAUCCUGUCACACAUCAAUUUGAAGUGCAUCCGGACUCGAGAGACAGAUGGAACAUUAUCGGAGACCACAUUGCUCGCAUAACCAAGUUUUUGGAUGGAAACGGGCUGCAGGAGCCGGUAGUUGCAGGAGAGGUACCGCGUAUCUUUUGUUCCCCAGACGCGGGCCAGCUCGUCGGAUGGGAUUCCAUCCUCAAAGACGAGAAUGGGAACGAGGUCGAAAGGGGAACCGAUCCAGUAACUGGAGAGAAGCUAUAUGUGAGCCUCAGGCAAGCAUAUCCGGGUCGUGUUGGGCAGAACGCGUUUUGGAUGAGCGCUUUCAACGGUUACUGGUUCACAGGCGGGACAGGCACCAGCCUGUGCCCAGAGAAAGGUCGCCAGGCUGCAACGGGGAGAUUUGACGUGCCUCCGCUCCGUGGCCUCAAUGUCAAGCUUGCGCAGAUCAACAGGGGCAUCAUCAUUUGUCCCAAGGCGUUUGAGGUACCUGUUGGGAAGCCUCAUGGGCAGCCCUCUCUCACGGAGGCAGUUGGGGGAGACAGUUAUCCCAAGGGCGACGGCAGCACUGAGGAAAUGCUGGAUUAUCUGGUGCCGAGGAGCAUGACGCUCUACCACGAAAUCGUGCAUGUCACCGACUACAAGAGGCAGCCAUUAGACCCUGAUGUUUAUCCUUUGGGCCAUAUUCUCAAGAUGAUCUUCAGCUCUGAUAGCCGAUACAAGAACGCCGUCCCUCAUAACCCGGAGACAUACGUGCACUUUGGAUUAGCUGCUUACGUCUACUUAAAUCCUCCCCAGGGAAAGGACACUAUUUUUGUUACUAUGGUCUUAUUGAAAUUGAUGCCUGCUUUUGUCAAUAUGCGCAUGCGCACUCAGUUCGUUCAUCGUCACCAGCAGAUUGCUGUGUAA